GGUCACCGAGGGGAGCCCCCGCCCCCUUCACAGAGGCUGAGACUCGGGUUGCAGAGAGAACUGGAACUGGGCUCGCCCUAGGGGAAGGCAGCGCGGCCAAUCCGUCCCCUCCCCACACCUACUCUGAGGGGGUGGGUGAUAGAGGAGAGGUUGGGGUUGGAGCAGCGGUGAGGGGGCCCCUCCCUGGCACCUCCCUCCACCAGACUUGGUCGCGCCCGAAGUGUAACACUUUCUCUUUGUCGGAGGAGCUCUUCUGUUUCCUGUGCAGCAGCUCCCGUUGCGGAGGCACCCGAAGCAGCCCUGGCGGACCAAGGAGCGAUGGCAGCGGCCGAUAUAGCUCGCCAGGUGGGCGAAGAUUGUCGAACUGUCCCCCUGGCUGGACAUGUGGGGUUCGACAGCUUGCCUGACCAGCUGGUGAAUAAGUCAGUCAGCCAGGGCUUCUGCUUCAACAUCCUGUGCGUGGGGGAGACAGGUUUGGGCAAGUCCACGCUCAUGGAUACCCUGUUUAACACCAAGUUUGAAGGGGAGCCAGCGACCCACACACAGCCAGGGGUUCAGCUCCAGUCCAAUACCUACGACCUCCAGGAGAGCAAUGUGGGGUUGAAACUCACAAUUGUGAGCACUGUAGGCUUUGGGGACCAGAUCAACAAGGAGGACAGCUACAAGCCCAUCGUGGAAUUCAUUGAUGCUCAGUUUGAGGCCUACCUACAAGAGGAGCUGAAGAUCCGGAGAGUACUGCACUCCUACCAUGACUCCCGAAUCCAUGUCUGCUUGUAUUUCAUUGCCCCGACAGGACAUUCGCUUAAGUCUCUGGACCUAGUGACCAUGAAGAAGCUGGAUAGUAAGGUGAACAUCAUUCCCAUUAUUGCCAAGUCAGAUGCCAUUUCUAAGAGUGAGCUGGCAAAGUUCAAGAUCAAAAUCACCAGCGAACUUGUGAGCAAUGGAGUCCAGAUCUAUCAGUUCCCCACAGACGAUGAGUCGGUGAGCGAGAUCAAUGGAACCAUGAAUGCCCACCUGCCGUUUGCUGUUGUUGGCAGCACAGAAGAAGUGAAGAUAGGCAACAAGAUGAUGCGGGCUCGGCAGUAUCCUUGGGGGACUGUGCAGGUUGAAAACGAGGCUCACUGCGACUUUGUGAAGCUGCGGGAGAUGCUGAUUCGGGUCAACAUGGAGGAUCUGCGGGAGCAGACCCACGCCCGGCACUAUGAAUUGUACCGCCGCUGUAAGCUGGAGGAGAUGGGCUUCAAGGACACCGACCCUGACAGCAAACCAUUCAGUUUACAGGAGACAUAUGAGGCCAAGAGGAAUGAGUUCCUUGGGGAGCUCCAGAAGAAAGAAGAGGAGAUGAGGCAGAUGUUUGUCCAGAGAGUCAAAGAGAAAGAAGCAGAGCUCAAGGAGGCUGAAAAAGAGCUGCAUGAGAAAUUUGACCGCCUGAAGAAACUGCACCAGGAAGAGAAGAAGAAGCUGGAGGAUAAGAAGAAAUGUCUGGAUGAGGAAAUGAACGCCUUCAAGCAGAGAAAGGCAGCAGCUGAGCUGCUCCAGUCUCAAGGCUCUCAGGCUGGGGGCUCACAGACUCUGAAAAGGGACAAAGAGAAGAAGAAUAACCCAUGGCUGUGUAUUGAAUAGUAUGCCCCGCUACAGCUGGACUGGACUCCACUUAGCCUUUUAAGCGAAGGUUCUUAUUUUAACUGACAACUUUUUAUAAAAAAAAAAAAAAAUGGUGCCAGACAGCUGGGCCUUCCACCCCUGCUCUGGCACUUCAAGCAUUUUGUUUUUGUUUUUGUUUUUGAGUUCUGCAACUUGCUUCUGCCUCCCAGUCCCACUGGCAUGGACCCUGACUUCUUUUAUCUUGUUAUAAAGGUGGCUGUAUGAUCACUACCUCUAAAAAAAUGCAAUAAAUAAAUUUGCAGGCCUUCUGAACUGUUACAAAAGGGCAGGGGCCACUGUCUACGAUCAUAGUUAAUAACUUGAACCUAAGACUAAGUCCAAAGCAGAACUUGUUAAAAGCAAGCAAAUCAAUGUGCGCACUUUCUCUUUUCUUGUUGGCAAAGAGAGAAGGCAAGGCGGUUUUGAUCUGUACUGGCCAAUGGCCAGAGGCAAGGACCAGGUGACAAAGUGAAAGCCUGAGCUAGUCCUUCAGGAAAACCAACUGGAAGUGGAGAAUUGCAGGAAACCCUAUGCUUAGAGGCAAAACAAAACGAACCCAGCCACCUCUGGAACAGAAAGCCCUAAAGCAGAAUCUCCAAGUAUCUCAGAUACAAUCAGUAAUCAGGAGAGUCAGGCUACUGAGUGAAGGCUGUCUGGGUCUCCUUGAGAAAGGCCCCUUAUUUGUAGCCAUGGAGUUCUGUUUGUUUUUAAAAACAAGUUCUUACUAUGCAGUAAGAACUAAGCCCUGGCUAGCCUUGAAAUCACAAAGCAGACCAGGCUGGCCUGAAAUUCAGAGAUUUACCUGCUGGUAUUUUGCGCUGGCAUUAAAGGCAAACACUACCACACCCAGCUGCCUUGGGGGGGGGGGUUAAUCCACCUUCCCAGACUGCCUGCCAGCCCGAGGAAAGUACCAUCUUCCUUAAAAAGUACUUGUAUUUUAAAAUGAGGCCUUUCAUUUGCAUUUGUAUAUAAACUCCCUACUUAGGACUGGAGGAUCUCAGAAUACUUCACAAAUAUUUGAGCUACACAACCCUCUAAAAGCAAGCAAAAACUGUAUAUAAAGUGAGGAGCUUUUUGAUCAGCAUGGCUGAUAUACCCCACCCCAUGCUAUAGGAGGAUAGUGACACGUAGAGAAACGAAGGGACUCAUCCAAGGUCCCAGCACUAUUCCUUGGCAAGCAAAAUUUCCAAUUUCCUAUCUCUGGGUUCCCAAUCCUUUUCACCAAGCAACCCAAGUAUUUAUGUUUUUUUCUGGAGACAAGAUUUUUUUUCUUUUCUUUUUUUUUUUUUUUAUGUUCAGAGAAACCAGUGUUAGAUGACUCUUGAGGGUUUUCACGUAGAAAAAUAGGAUAGGGUGGGUAGGCACAAGUAAAAAGAAAGCUCCAGGCCAGCUGCCAUGAUGCUGGAUGAUCAGUUAGCUAUAAGUCUGUAAGUCUAAACAGGCGAUCAGAUCCUGUAAGUCUGAACCAGGACCAGGCCAGUGUACAUUUCACUGGUGCACUUUGUAAUCAGGGAACUCAGGUAGAUAUAAAAAGCAAUGGUACCUAUUAAAAGAUGAUGCUAAAUUUCAUUGAGAAGUUCUUCUCACUGUAAAUGAGACAAACUUUUGUCUGUCUUCACUUGAAAGUCUUUAAUUAGUACAAUUGUUACUAUUUUUUUUUAAAUACUCUUAAGUUCCCUGUUUACUUCUGGCAAAACAAAAAACACUCAUUAGAGAAAUGGUCUGUGCUUUUCCAGACUGGAAUGGAAUGGCUUCCUGAAACACACACACACACACACACACACACACACACACACACACGCCAUUUCUCUUAAGCCAAGAAGUCUGCUUUCUCCACCUGGUUUGGAUUUUUUAAAGAUCAUUUGGCAUUCAUGUUUGGCUGUUAAUAUGUGCAUAUUUUUAA